CCCCAUCCACACAGUCAUUGUCUCUCCCUCUUUGCAGCAACCAGACACCACACCAGAAAAAUCCCGCCACAAUCAUCGUGUCAAGACAUCCAUCACCCACACCACACCACACCAGACAGAAUCACAUCACCAUCAUCAAAGCGGGGGGCCCGGGCCUGCCUGCAUCCCAUCCAUCCCAUGCACCCCCUCCAUCCCCUGCAUCUGCCCCUCCCACCGAAACCCAAACGUCGUCAUCCUCCGACCAUCGUCCACACCGCCGCAAUCGCCCUGGUGACCUGGCGCCAUGCCGCUGAUGGGGGGAGGGUAGGGGGAGUAGGGGGGCGGGGGCGAUCGCGAGGCGUCCCGGUGAUGCAGGAAGCCACAGUGGUCGUAGUGGGGGCGCAGCGGGGGCAGCCGGUGAUGGUGCCUCUCUAUGUGUGGAGGGUAUGGGGAGGGAGGGGGCGACACCAUCAUCAUCUGCUGACCCCCAUCACCUUCACCUUCAUCCAGGCCACGCUCACACCCAUCGGCAGGGCUGCCUUCAGCUGGCGAGCCCGGCGUCAUCGGCCGCAUGUGGGGAAUCCCUCGGAUGAUCCACCGAUCCCUCUCGCACACGGCCGCUGGGGCGAAGGGUGACAGCUGCUGCUGUGGAGCUGACGCUGCCGCCGGUGGUGGUGCUGGCGGUGGUGCUUCGGCGCGUCUCAUCGCGUCUUGGUUGGAGAGAGGGGGGAGCAUAUCGGAGGCGAUGCUGAGGAAGGGCGAAGAGCGCGCGAUUGACAGGGGGGUGUUGCGGGGGGUGUUCUCCAGUACGGGCGACUCGGGCAGAGAGUCCUUGUGUGGGUUGUGGAACAGGUGGUCCAGCGAGCCACAGGAGGGGGCGCGCCGCAUCAUGUAGGGGCCCCCUGCAGCAGCAACAUCGCCAGCAACAAGAGCCCCAGCUGCUGCUGCAGCUGCAGCUGGCUCAUCAAUGUUGCCUGGAGGGAAGAUCGCAUACGAAUCAGCGCAUCCAUCCAUCCAUUGCUGUAAAGGGUGCAGUUCAGUUCAUGUGUCUGUCGUCUCUGUCUUUCUCACGUUCUGCGGACACGCGCGGCUUCUUGACAGCAUGGGCCUUGUCGCCGGACGGCGCUGAGACCUCCGCCUCACCCCGAUGGAUGGGCUCUCGCUUCUUGUCUGACCACUUGCUGCCCACACCUUCAUGGAACACACACACAGCCACACAGACAGGUCGUCGCCGUGUGUGGUGGGGGGUAAAGGGCUGGAGGGGCUUACUGCCGUAUGUCAUGAGCUCUCCCGCUGCCGGGUUGGUGCGCCUUUCACUUCUCAGCGGCAGCGCACCCGUCUCGAUGAAGGUCGCCAGCUCAUCCGCCGUCCAGUGAUGCCAGUGGCAGGACCCAUAACACGCCCCUGCAUACACCCACACACAAACGGAUAGAGAGGUAUGAGUUUGUGUGUGUGUGUGCAUGAUGCACACACCAGUGAGGCAAUAGACGAGGCAGAUAUCGCCCGGGGCGAGACGAUCCGCACCGCCCCUCCCCCAGUCGGCAGCUGGCGAGCCGUCGGUGUCCAUCGGCUGGCUGGGAUGCAGCAGCGUGCAUGACGGCGGACAUGGCUCGCCUGUUGCAGUCACACCCAUAACAUAGACACACACGCCAUUGGAUGUCUCCACCCACUUCACUUGAGAGUGUCUGUGCUGCUCACGUGAGGAGAGUGCCUGCAGGCAGAUCCGCUGCCCUCUGUAUGUGUUGAUGGGCAGCAUGGGGGGCUCAAAGUUCACCGUCCCAUCAACAAUCCGCAGCAAAUCCUGAACAUAACACACGCCCAUCCAUCUGUGCGCCGCGCCCCACCGUCCUCCUUACGAUGAGUGCCUUGGAUGGCAGCUGUGACGGCUGCAGGCAGGCGUCGUGAAGCACGCGGGUGACCGUGGCAAUGCCCGCCUGCGACGGGGGGCUCAUGCCGUCAGGGGGCCUGAAUACACGCCGGCAGACACACAUAUAAUGAGCAUAUGAUAUGUGUGUAAUGGGGUUGGCUGCGUACGGACAUGAUGAUUCGGUUGAGAAUGCCUCGUUUGGGGUCCCAGUGCAGCUCGUAGAUCUCCUCUAGCAGGUCGAAGUGGCGGUAGCGGUCGUACUUGCCGCCCAUCACCCGCAGCAACGCACUGAAUGAAUGGAAUGCAUCCAUCACACACGAACAGAGAAAGGGGUAUCCAUCCAGCAAGAUUCACAGUGAUUGGUUGUGGUUGUGGUUAAACGUACUCGAGUCGGCUGUAGUUGGGCUCCAUGGAAUAAGACAGCCCCUGCAGCUCCUCCAACCAUGACAACUACACAGGCACACCAUACCGACCGACACCAGAUCGGAUCCACACGGACACGGACGACCCGUAUCGUAUGCAGUGCAUUCCAUCUUGCUAUCUAUCUACCAUUUUCGUCUCACCAUUUCGCUGGGCAGCCACUCGAACAUCCGCUCCACCUCGGGAUGCACCAGAAUGCGCGGCAUCACACUCACGUCACCACCACUGGGAGGGGUAUUGGUGUUGGCUGGCGCCCUGGUGGCUGCGUACGCCGACGCGUGCAGCGUGUGAGAGGGAUCAGCUGGGUCGUCGGCUGUCGGCUGCUGCUGCUGCUGCUGCUGCUGCCGUUGGGGUGCUGAUGCGCCGUCAUACGUGCUGCCGCUGUGGUUGGCACCCGCGUGUGGCCACCCCGCCCCCGGCCCGUCUGAUUGCUGUGGUGGCGGCGGGUGGUGUUGGGUGUGUGGGGGCUGGCGCUGAUUGAUGAGCUCUGUGGCGCUGGAUAUCAGCCUCUCCUUGGCCAGCUUGACCGCCUGACGGUCCUCCUGAUGACAUCCCAUGGGUCAGACACACAAGCCUCGGUGUCACUGACUGACCGAUCGUGUGUGUGUGAGUCACAUAUAUACUUUGUAUUGCCUCCACGGGAGGUCUCCGACGAGCAGGUCGAGCAGGACGAAGAGCAGCGACCAGAGGUCGUCCUUGCGCCCCUGGUCCUGGUUGUUGUGCGCCGUCAGCGACGCGUAGGUCGUCGUUCCGCGGAAAUCGGCAUUCUCACGCUCACGCCGCACACUGGCACGCGCCACACACAGACACAGACACAGCGAGAUUCUCUCUUGCGUAUGAGGGUAGGGAUGGGGGUCGAUGUGAUUUGCUUACACGCCGUGGUCCAUGUGCCGUCUGGCCAGGCCGAAAUCGACCAGGUACAGCUGGUCCCGACGGGCGCCGCGGCCGAGCACAAAGUUGGAGGGUUUGACGUCCCUGUGGGGUGUGGUGGGAGUGGGGGGAAUGGAAUGAACAUGAAAUACAAAGAAAGCAUCACACCCAAUAAAGAGACGCACAGGUCCAGUCAGUGGGAGUCGGCCCACACACCUGUGGAGGUAGCCCUUCUGGUGCACAGCCUGGAUUACACGCAGCGCCUGGAUCUGUCAGACAGACGCGCAGAGAGAGAGGGGGGCAAGGAAGUGGGACUAGCGUCAUGAUUGAAGUGUUGUGGUGUGUGCGGACGUCACGUACCCCCAGCUGCGCCACGGUGGCGAUUUGUAUCCUGUGCACUCGUCUGCGGACAUCGCUGAUCGAAUCACCCAACAACUCCAUCACCAUAAACGACUCAUGCCUGCCCAUGAUGGAUCAAUAAACACAUAAAUUUCAUACACAAAUACCGUUCAGCGCACCCAGGCGUCUGUCUGUCUGCCUGCUGGACUUCUCACGCACCAUUGGCCGUAGUAGUACCCUCCAUCGACAAACUUGUACCACUGACAGAUGCCGGGCAGACCUGCACACAACAGAACAGACAAAACACACACACACACACACACGACCUGCAUGAUGCCGCCCGCCCGCCCGCCUUGCUCCUUGGCUGGCUCACCCUGGCAGUCUUUGAGUGUGCUGCUCUCCUGCUUGAGCACCCUCUUCUCCUUUAUCGGCUUCUCGUACUUGAUAGCCACAACUCUGCUGCCCUUCUUGGUGUCCACAGCCUGGUAUAUGGUGCCUACACACACGCACAAAUCACAGACACACACAGACACACAGACGAACACGCCUCUCAUCAUCUGUUGUGUGUCUGCCGUGCUUUGCUUUGCUUGGCAUCGUGUAGCUAGCUCACUGAAGGUCCCUGAUCCGAUGAUAUGCGUGAUGGCGUAUCUCCCCCUGAAGAGGCCUCCGAUGACAGGGCCCACGCUGGGUGGCGGGGAGGGCGGGUGGGCGGAGUCAGGGCUGCCGGGGGGAGCAUCGUUCAUAGGCGGGUAAGCCGCCACAACUGCGACACCGAGUCACACGCCGCUGCUAUCGGUGCAGCUGUACAGCAC